UGUACUCUUGCGGUCUGGUACGCAUCCCUCACAAGGACCCUGAUCAAUGCAAGAAUCCAGGACGAGUCCUGCCACUUUAUCUCAGCAAGAAGUACACCCAAGGACAACUUCAUCUUGGAAACAAAAUUCGUUACCCCUGCAACAAAGGCAAUGGAAUAUGCCAAAGAAAUUGAGGAGACCCUCCUCACCCUACAAGUACCAGUCGCCGUCAUCCGCGCAAACUCCAAAUGGUCAAAGUUCCUCCUCCAUGGAAUCCCCACAACGGUCGGGGAGGGCAUCGAGGCGGGACAAUUGGUAGCAUCAGAAAUCAGAAGCAACUACGGAGAGAACUUCCAACUUGCCCAGGUUCCCCGCUGGAUCUCCAGAGCAGAGACUCGAAUGGAGAAAACCCACUCAUCAAUGGUCAUCGCGCUCCCAGGACAAAUUACAAUGGAAACACUAGGAGUUAAAUUCCUAUCUCUCUUUAACCGAAGCUGUCAUAUCGAGGCCUUCCUUCCAACCUUCCCAGACACCCAGUGUGCGAAGUGCCUCGAAUACGGCCAUCGCCAGGAGAAAUGUAAGAACAACGGGAAAUGCGGCCACUGCGCCGGAGAUCACCUCACCAGUUUCCACCCAUGCAAUGAAUGCCAGGGAGGAUAUAGAUGCACCCACACCCCAAUCAGAUACCUGAACUGUAAAGGAGCUCAUAAGGCCUCCGACCCAGCAUGCCCCGAAAGGGCCAAACGCCGAUUCCUCAAUAAAGGGAAGGAAAACGCCCCACCCGCUCAAGACCCACCGGCUGCACCCGUCCAAGAGCUGCUCCCAAUCAUCCAAGUACCAGCCACCGCCCCGGUCGGAGCCACACCC